UGGCUGGGCACCGACGACCGCCGGAGGAAAGACCCCGAGGUGUUUCAGACGGUGAGCGAGGGCCUGAAAAAGCUCUACAAAACCAAGCUGCUCCCCCUGGAAGAGCACUACAAGUUUCACGAGUUCCACUCGCCCGCCUUGGAGGAUGCCGACUUCGACAACAAGCCCAUGGUGCUCCUCGUGGGGCAGUACUCCACUGGGAAGACCACCUUCAUCAGGUACCUGCUGGAGCAGGAUUUCCCAGGGAUGAGAAUUGGACCAGAGCCUACAACUGACUCUUUUAUAGCAGUUAUGCAAGGAGAUGUGGAAGGAAUCGUUCCUGGAAACGCGUUGGUGGUGGAUCCCAAAAAACCGUUCAGGAAACUCAACGCCUUUGGCAAUGCCUUUUUGAACAGGUUCGUUUGUGCCCAGCUACCUAAUCCUGUGUUAGAGAGCAUCAGUGUCAUUGAUACACCAGGAAUCCUUUCUGGAGAAAAACAGAGAAUAAGCAGAGGUUAUGACUUCGCUGCUGUACUGGAGUGGUUUGCAGAGCGAGUUGACCGCAUCAUUCUCCUUUUUGAUGCGCAUAAGCUGGACAUCUCUGAUGAAUUCUCUGAAGUCAUCAAGGCCCUGAAGAACCAUGAGGACAAGAUGAGAGUUGUUCUCAACAAGGCUGACCAGAUAGAGACUCAACAGCUGAUGCGGGUGUACGGUGCCCUCAUGUGGUCCCUGGGAAAGAUCGUCAACACUCCUGAGGUCAUCAGGGUCUACAUUGGCUCCUUCUGGUCCCAUCCGCUGCUCAUCCCCGACAACCGCAAGUUGUUUGAGGCAGAGGAGCAGGACCUGUUCAGGGAUAUCCAGAGCCUGCCCCGCAAUGCAGCCCUGAGGAAGCUGAACGAUCUCAUCAAGCGAGCACGGCUAGCCAAGGUCCAUGCCUACAUCAUCAGCUCCCUAAAGAAGGAAAUGCCUUCAAUGUUUGGGAAAGACAAUAAAAAGAAAGAGCUUGUUAACAAUUUGGGAGAGAUUUAUGCCCGGAUUGAACGGGAGCACCAGAUCUCACCAGGAGACUUCCCUAAUCUGAGAAAGAUGCAGGAUCAGUUGCAAGCCCAGGAUUUUAGCAAGUUCCAGCCUCUGAAGAGCAAGCUGCUGGAGACCGUGGAAGACAUGCUGGCCAAUGACAUUGCCCAGCUCAUGGUGCUCGUACGCCAGGAGGAGUCACAGCGGCCAACCCAGAUGGUGAAGGGAGGAGCCUUCGAGGGCACCUUGCAUGGUCCAUUUGGCCAUGGCUAUGGCGAAGGCGCUGGUGAAGGGAUUGAUGAUGCCGAGUGGGUGGUGGCCAGGGACAAGCCCAUGUAUGAUGAGAUCUUCUACACACUCUCGCCUGUCGAUGGUAAAAUAACUGGUGCCAAUGCGAAGAAGGAGAUGGUAAGGUCUAAACUGCCCAACACUGUGCUGGGCAAGAUAUGGAAACUGGCUGACAUCGACAAAGAUGGCAUGCUGGAUGAUGAGGAGUUUGCCUUGGCGAAUCAUCUCAUUAAAGUCAAGUUGGAGGGUCAUGAGCUGCCAAAUGAGCUCCCUUCCCAUCUCCUCCCUCCAUCCAAAAGGAAAAUAACAGAGUGAAGCAAUGGUUACGGGGGAGAGUGAAAGGGAAGGGGAAAAAAGAUCUAGAAAAACAUGUUUACUUAAAUUAUACCUUUAGAUGUGAGAUCACCUUCAGAUUUAUACAUAUUUUGCUGUAUGAAGGAAAAAACUAAAGCAGAACAAAAAUGUCCAAUCCUUGUUCAUGAUAAUAUGCAAUUAACUCUUCCAGUGUAAUGUCCCUGCUUUCUAACGUCUAGUCUGUAAAUAUGAAGGCAAAGAAAGGAUGUUGAGACUAGGAGAAUCUGAUAAGCAGGAGCGGAAUAAAAACUGAAAUGGGCUGCAUUUUUUGAGAGUGGAGUAGGCACCAGUAGAAAUCUGCUAACAGCCAGUAUCACUCCUGAGCUUGGGCUGCACCUUCUGCUGUUCAUUGGGUCUUGCAAACUUCAGGAGACUGAGAUCUUGAUAGUGAAGAGGAAACCACAAGAUCUCUAAGCUAUUUGCCAAACUAAAGAGCACUUCCUAAUUAACAUAAGCCCACACUAAAAUACUAGAUACUCAAUCCCAGAGUUAAGAAUUUU